GAGCAGAUAUCAUACAUGAUAUAAAGGAUCUCUGAAAUGUCACACAAAAAGUCACCCCAUUUUCGUUGAUGAAUUUGUCACAUUUUUACUAAACAAUUUUAGCCCUAUAAUGUGUAAACACCGUUUACACUGUCACGGAAACGUGCAGCACGUGCAUUUUUUUUUUUAAGAAAUAUGUCAUAAAGUUGUCAUCCUUUUUAUUGGACAUAACGAUACAAGUAAUUUUAUUAUUUCGUACAUUUGAUGUUAUUUGAAACUGAAAUUCUUCAAACAGUGAUCAAUUGAUAUCGACUGUCAUUUAUAACGGCUUAAUUAUAUUAACACUUGACGUGUGAAUGUGAGUUCGCUAAAGGUCACCAUUAUGAAAGUGUGGAUCAUCAUUAGCAACACAAUGUUAAUAUUUCGUUGCAUAGUAGUGUCCGCUAUUAAAUGUGUGCGUGGUAUUACAGGUGUAGUUAUGUAAUAGUUUGAUUUGCUUAGGUCAGCACUGACUGACAACCAAUAUUUAGCUGUCUACAAUCCUUGUUUCUCUGUCCGUUGAGGCGUUGACUUCGAUAUGGUCCGAUAUCUACAGCGCGUCUGCUCCACAUCUCUCGGAAUCCUUCUUCUAAUGCAAAACUGUGAAAAGGCUGCUGUACACGCCAGGACCGCGCUGAAACAUCUCCAAAUAACUGAGGACGAACAAAGGAAUGCCGCUGACGUUUCGCACUCUGAUUGUAUUGAUGUUAACAUAUCUCGGAACUCUGUGGACCACGGUGAUUGUCAGCGGCGAUACGCAAGGCUGUCAUGUGAGCCGCUUCCAGUAACCGCGCUAGUCAGCUUCCCCGGAUCUGGCAACACUUGGGUCCGCCAUCUCUUACAGCAGCUUACAGGAAUUGGCACAGGAAGCGUUUACUGUGACCCUAUGCUUCACGCUUCCGGGUUCCCAUUCGAAUGCGCCAGGCAGUUUGAGCGAACAAUCGCCGUGAAAACGCAUGACCUGGAGCACAAGGUGCAGUUUGAGAGGGCGGUCCUGGUCAUCAGGAAUCCUUACGACACGUUACUAUCAUACUUUAACCUCCGGUUAAGUGGGCAUACGGGCAUACCCAAACAGAUGCACCUGAUAGCUGUGGCGGAAAUGGCCUUCAAGUACUCCCUUGAUCAGUAUGUAUCCAUGGUGAACACGACCCUCCGCCAGUUCCAGGGCCGAUUGCACGUGCUGCAGUACGACAACCUGCUUCAAGACCUUCCAGGGGAGAUGCGGCGCCUCGCAACAUUCCUCAACAUCCCAGUCUCCGAGAGCGACGUGAGCUGCACGGCGCUCUUGCAGGAGGGCACCUUCCGGCGGAAGAUGGAGAACGCUGAUCGCCUGAAGCUUCUGAGGCUGAUCUACAACGCGGACAAGCAGCGGCGGCUGCUGGAGGCCACAAGACAGGUGGAGGGUAUGCUCAACAGCGAGUUCAAGAACACCUUCAAUGUUGGCGGAGAUAUCACUCGCCUCCCAUAACCCUGGACAUCAUAACCCAGUCCCAUUGUUGCACUAUGUUCUAUGUUUAAGAUCAUUGAAGAAUCCAACUUUGCAUUCCAGCAAAAUAGAUGCGAGCAUCAUCAAUACUAAGCAUACCUUUUUAAACGUUCCUCUCAUCGCAUUUUGAAGGUUUUUAUACCAUUAUAUUGUUUAUGAACUACUUAAGUAUACACAUGUAGUUGCAUGUAGAUACGUAUAUGCAGUUGUAUACACAUGAUCAUUCCCUGUCAUAAUCGCUGUUUCAUGUUUUGACACUUCCAGAGUAUGAACCAUGUCAGAGAAUAGAUACUCUUCUAAUUUUCUAUAUAUUUAUAAACCACACAGGGUAAUGCUGUUGUUAUUUAAAUUAAACGGUCAUUUUAAGUAUGUGCUUGUUAUAUAUAUACAUUAUAUUUAUAAAAAAGCAAUCAUCAGGGUACAUAUUGUAUGGUCGUUAUUUAUGUUCAUUCAACCCAGGGUAAUACUUUUAAUAUGUUUACAUUGUAUUAAUGAAUGUUCUUAAAAAUAAAA